UCAGAGCUGGUACCUUGUAGCAGGUACGAUGGGGUUUUAAAAGCGAGAGACGCUUGUCGGGUCUUUGUCAGUGGCGCGGGGUUUAGUACAGUCUUUAUGCUGGAUAUCAUAACACGAACUGUAUGGACGUUUUAUCAUCACACUGACGGGAGAGAUAGACAUGACGUCUGUUGAAAAUAAAGCAGGUUGAUGCAUUUUCAGGUGUAGGAGCACCAAGACGCCAAUUGCAAUGACUUUGGAAGUUUAUCUCCCUCAACAUUCCACCUUACAAGGGCUACAGGAGAAAUAAGGUGGAUUUGUACUGUUCAUCGUUGAGGAGAGCGUUCAUUCGCCUGAAGACAUUUGCUUUUAACCGGACUUCUAUGGAGUUGGACCUGGAUUAAAGAAAAAGCUUCGCUGACUUGGCAAAGCAGGUAAAUGCCGGGCCUGCUGAAUGAAGGCGAGCAGAAGCACGUGGACAUCAGAGGUACUGUCUAACUCAUGAUGCCGUCGUCCACGCGGAAGGGAGGACUGAAAGACCCGGAGUUGACCAACCUCUUUUUCAAAGAUGACCCAGAAGAAGUCUUCUGUGACCUACACGAGAUCGGCCAUGGGAGUUUCGGAGCAGUGUAUUUUGCCCGAAACUCCUAUUCCAACGAGGUGGUGGCCAUUAAGAAGAUGUCCUACAAUGGCAAGCAGACCACUGAGAAAUGGCAGGACAUCAUUAAAGAGGUCAAAUUUUUGGAACAGCUACGACAUCCAAACACCAUUGAAUACAAAGGCUGCUACUUGAAGGACAACACAGCAUGGCUUGUGAUGGAGUAUUGUCUUGGCUCUGCUUCAGACUUGUUAGAGGUGCAUCGGAUGACUCUUUUUGACACUUUUUUUUUUUUUUUUUUUUUUUUUUUUUUUGUUGAAAUUGCUGCCAUUACACAUGGUGCCUUGCUAGGACUGGCUUACCUACAUUCCCAUAACAUGAUCCACAGAGACGUGAAGGCUGGUAAUAUCCUGCUGACAGAGUCCGGUCAGGUCAAACUGGCUGAUUUUGGCUCCGCUUCCAUUGCCUCUCCUGCCAACUCCUUUGUGGGAACCCCGUACUGGAUGGCUCCAGAAGUGAUUUUAGCCAUGGAUGAGGGUCAGUAUGAGGGGAAGGUGGACGUCUGGUCUCUGGGGAUCACUUGCAUAGAGCUGGCUGAACGCAAGCCUCCUCUCUUCAACAUGAACGCUAUGAGUGCCUUAUACCACAUCGCCCAAAACGACUCUCCCUCCUUACAGUCCAAUGAGUGGUCGGAUGCAUUCCGGAGUUUCGUUGACUACUGCCUACUAAAAAUUCCUCAGGACAGACCCUCCUCAGCAGAACUCCUGCGGCAUGAGUUUGUGAGGAGAGAGCGUCCUACACGGGUCCUCAUCGAUCUGAUCCAGAGGACGAAGGAUGCAGUCAGAGAGCUGGACAACCUGCAGUACCGUAAAAUGAAAAAAAUCCUCUACCAAGAGAAACACAACGGCCCAAUGGGGGAGUCUCAGGAAGAGGAGGAGGAUGGCGAUCAGGCAGGCUGUAAGAUGAACAGUUUGGGCAGUAAUCAUUCCAUCCCCAGCACCUCCGUUAGCACCGGCAGUCAGAGCAGCAGCGUCAACAGCCUGCAGGAGGUGCCAGAUGACUCCUGCUCCGAGCUGCACCACGACUACGACAGCACCCUAGAGUCUUCCACGCGCCACAAAAAGGAUCAUCAGUAUAUCCCUGAUGACGUUCCUCAUCGGGACCACCGGUCGGACCUGCGACCGUCCUCAUCGGAAAGAGCUCAGGCUCAUAAUUAUAAAAACCGUGAGCGCUUCGCCACCAUCAAGUCAGCCUCACUGGUAACGCGUCAGAUCCACGAACAUGAGCAGGAAAAUGAGCUCCGAGAGCAGAUGUCCGGGUACAAACGCAUGCGACGGCAACACCAGAAGCAGCUGAUUGCUCUGGAGAACAAGCUGAAGGCAGAGAUGGAUGAGCACAGACUGAAGCUCCAAAAAGAACUGGAAACCCACGCCAACAAUGCCUUCAUUGAGCUGGAGAAACUUGCCAAGAAGCACGCCAUCCAAACGGACAAAGAAAUGAAAACACUGGGAGCUGAUGAGAAGAAGUUCCAGCAGCAAAUCAUGGCUCAGCAGAAGAAAGAGCUCACCAACUUCCUUGAUAACCAGAAGAAACAGUAUAAGCUGUGCAAGGAGAAGAUCAAAGAGGAAAUGAGUGAAGACCACAGCACGCCUAAGAAAGAGAAGCAGGAGAGGCUGUCCAAGCACAAGGAGAACAUUCAGCACUCUCAGGCUGAAGAAGAGGCUCAGCUUCUGGGUCAGCAGAGGGCUUUCUACGAUAGGAACUGCAGGGCCUUCAAACGCAAGAUCAUGGUCAAGAGGCACGAGUUUGAGCAGGAGCAGUUACGAGAGGAGUUGAAUAAGAAGAAGACCCAGAAGGAAAUGGAGCACGCUAUGUUGAUCAGGCAAGACGAGUCGACUCAAGAACUUGAGCACAGACAGCUGAAGACGCUACAGAAACUUCGCAUGGAUCUGAUUCGACUGCAGCACCAAACGGAGCUGGAGAACCAGAUCGAAUACAACAACCGGAGAGAGAGAGAACUGCACAGGAAACAUGUGCUCGAACUACGGCAGCAGCCCAAGAACCUCAAGGCUAUGGAGCUUCAGAUAAAGAAACAGUUCCAGGAUACGUGUAAAGUCCAGACUAAACAGUACAAGGCCCUGCGGCACCAUCAGCUAGAGGUGACCCCCAAAAGCGAGCACAAGAUGGUGCUGAAAGCCCUGAAGGAUGAGCAAACACGCAAACUGGCCAUCCUGGCUGAGCAGUAUGAGCAGAGCAUCAACGAGAUGAUGGCAUCACAGGCACUCCGUCUGGAUGAGGCUCAGGAGGCGGAGUGCCAGGCACUGAGGCAGCAGCUGCAGCAGGAGAUGGAGUUGCUCAAUGCGUACCAGAGCAAGAUCAAAAUUCAGACCGAGGCUCAGCACGAGCGCGAGCAACAGAAACUGGAGCAGAAAGUCUCACUGCGCCGAGCACACCUUGAACAGAAGAUUGAGGAGGAGCUGGCUUCUCUUCAGAAAGAGCGCACUGACCGAAUCAAACACCUGUUGGAUCGUCAGGAGAGAGAAAUCGAUGCCUUCGAUAUGGAGAGCCUUCGUAUGGGUUUCAAUAACUUGUGUGCUUUGGACUACCCUAAAGAUGACUACAGAUGAGACCAUAACACUCCACACCAUCCUCCCUCUUUCAUGCUCCACUUUUCUUUUUUUUGUUGGAAGAAAUCUGCUGUUUUUGCUACUGACAGUCCUUUCAAUCCUCUGGGCUGGUGCCUGCACAAGCCUUACACAUUUCUAGACACGUCAUGGAAUAACAUGCUGGAUAACAUCCUUUAGUUGUCUCUUUUUAUAUAUAAAUAUUAUAUAUGAGACGAUUAAAUCUGUCAGUGUUGAUGUCAAUGUUUUCUCGUGCAAUGAUAACACUUUCAGUGUAAUUACAAUUAAAAUAGAGAUUUCAAGACAAAAGCAAUAUGAACAGGGGUUUGUAUUGCUAAUUUUAAUCCAGAUGCACUUGUGUGAUUUAAUAAUCUUUUUUAACAGUUUUUUUUUUUUGCUGCCUCUUGAAUCUCUAUUUGGUAUUUAUUCACCCAGAGAAAAUUAAAAAUACCUUUUAAGUAUAGGCGAAAUUUGAUAAAAGUUUGCAUAUUAAAGCAAUGUACAUAUUUGAUAGUUGCAUCUGUGACUCUGAGAUUCUUAUGGUAAUUGAAUAUGAAUUUUUAUUUUAUUUUAUUUUUUUGAGAACCCGCUGCAUUCAUAUGUACGAUACCAUAAUUCACCUCAGCUGAGGUGCACAAUGUGAAUAAUACAUAUGUGAAUCCUAACUCGUAGUACCCGCACAAAGGGCUGAAGGGGAAGGGACAUGUAUUUUGUGUAUAGAAGGCUUUAUGGAGAACUUUUACUUAUUUUCCUAUUACAUUUUAACUGAAUUUUAAUUUCUUUUUAUAUAUAUAUAUACAUAUAUAUACACACACAUCUAUAUAUAAUAAAUGUUUCACCACCCUUUCCCUCCUACAGUCACUGGUGAAAUUGUCUCAAAGGCCUCUCAUUUCAUGAUUCGGGUUUCUGUUUGAUUCUUGGCAUCUUCUCCAGCUGUGUAUUUUCUACAAAGUCCAAUUAGUGAAUAAAAACGCUUUACUGUCGCAUGCACUUUACAUUUGUUUUCAGGUUAAGAGGCAUGAUUCUGUCAGAGCUUUUAAUUAUAUUUGUAAAUAAAGUGCUCAUCACAAAAGCAGCGUCUUUCAGUAGUCUGAUUUUCUUUUCCAGGAAUUUUAUUCCAAUGUGUUAAUUUCCAGUAUAUAGCAGUGACAAUUUUGUGAAAUUAAAGGUGCAGCCAUAAAUACAACACAAAUUUGCCUUGAAUUUUAUUCAAAGGUGCAAAGUUGUUGUUGUUGUUUUUUUAAACUGAAGGCAGUCUGAAUGCUUCCAAGUGAAGUGACA